AUGGCAAUACCCAUGGAUGUUAUAAAAGUCAAGUUUCCGUUUGAAAUUGAAGGAGUUACAUCAGAGAUUGAAAUGCGCACAAACAUCGAAACAAAGGAGAAUCUGGUGUCGUUUGUGUUGAUGUAUGACAUGCCAAUUGAAAUUGAUGAUGGAGAGUUGAAGUCAAAGGAAGAACGCAAUGGAAACUUUGUGUAUGUCUACAAAUUUAAUGAUAUAAAUGGAGCGAUUCGGUUCAUGAACAACAGAUGUGUCAAGGUGAAUUAUUCGCCGACAUUACUUGAUGUUGAAAAAGUUGAAGCAGAGAUGAAUGCGUUUAUGGAAAGAUAUGAGUCUGGAGAACGAACUCUUAGGAAGAAAAGAAAAACAAUUGUUGUUGGAGAGGAUGGAUUCAUGAAAUAUGUUUGA